AUGGCGUCCGUCGACCACGGGCGCGAGCCGUGCCCGCACAGAAUCUUCGACGACGUCGGCGGCGCGUUCGCGAUGGGCGCCGUCGGCGGCGGCGUCGUCAAUCUCGUCAAGGGUGCGUACAACGCGCCGAGAGGAUUCGCGCUCGCGAGCGCCGCCGAGGCGAUCCGACGCGAGGCGCCGCGAAUCGGUGGCUCGUUCGCGGUCUGGGGGGGACUGUUCAGCGCGUUCGAUUGCGCGCUGGUGGCGGCGCGAAGGAAGGAAGAUCCGUGGAAUCCGAUCAUCAGCGGCGCGGCGACGGGCGGCGCGCUGCAGCUGAGGUACGGAUUGCCGAGCGCGGCGCGAUCGGCGGCGUUCGGAGGGUUCCUGUUGGCGGUGAUCGAAGGGAUUAGCAUAAUGUUGACGCGGUUG